AUGAGUGAUUCUCCAGGGGUAGAGUGGCUACCGGCUUACAGCCCGGGGCCGCCGCGGCAUAGCCCGCUCGGCCCUAUUCCCCGAUUCCUCUACGAAGAUGUCCAACCUUUGUGUUUGCAACAGGAAAACAAUAACAAGGAAAUUGAGGAGAAGCUCAAUGCAAAUAAAAUUAAACAUCCUAAGCCAGCUUACAGCUAUGCGAGUAUGAUCAGACUGGCUAUCAGUAGCUCGCCAAAUGGGAAAAUGACUCUUAAUGAAAUAUACAAUUACAUUUGCAACGCCUUCCCUUACUAUAAGGAAGCUGGAAAGGGUUGGAUGAAUUCAAUAAGGCACAAUUUAUCGUUAAACAAAUGCUUCAUGAAAGUGGCUCGAAGUAAGGAUGAUCCGGGAAAAGGUUCUUACUGGGCGAUGGACAGUAGCUACAAGAUGGCGGAGGUCACACCGCGUCGUCGACGAAGCUUAAGAAUGGCACCAUACAGCCCAGAGUGCAGUUCGAACAGCAGUGGAGAUACAAGUUUAGCACCUGGUAUCAGCACCGUGCCCACACCACCAGCUACUCCGACUACCCCAACUGCUCCGAACACACCAACUUCCAUUUCACCAGUUGCUGUUAAGGAGGAGAGUGUUAUUAAAGAGGAGACAGAUUCGAAACACACAGAUGAUGCCCUUUCUGCUUUGAUGAACGAAGAACUUAUAGCUGAUGUGGAUGUGAGCAGAGAGCGCUGGUGGUGGUCCGGAGCACGACGGCACGUUUGCGUCUUGCGUCACGCGACGCUAACGGACGACUACGGAAACUUCAGGGACGAGCGGGCCGACGACUGCGAUUGCCCUGUUGACGAUGCGCUUGCGCAGGCAGAGUCUAUUCCGAACCCAGCAUUAUCAACACCUGGAUCACUUUCCACCCAACUGACUAUGGCAGGUACAUUAGCCCAGGGACCGAUGACUCCCCCAGCGCUUCCAACACAAAGCCUCAUACAGGGAAUAAUAUCCCCCACAACGAUACAGGGGCAGUCCCUUCAACUACCCACACAGACACAAAUGCCAUUGACGAUGAUAAAGUCGGAGCCGCUGCCGCAGACGAUAGGCAUUGCCCGAGGGCAAUUGUCAACACAGCCGAUGCCCCAAUCGCCGUUGUCAACUCCCCCGAUACUCCCCACACAAGAAGUCGCUGCUGUCCCCACAUGGCAUAUACCCUCUUUAUAA